CUCGUCACCACGGCUACGCUCUUAGUGGAAAACUUUUCUGUAGAACUUUGGUGUAAAAAGUGUCAGCUUCUAUGGACUUCAACCUUUUCCGGGAACAAUGAUGCCAACCCGUUCUCUGCUCAUGCUAGUGGGAUUUUUUACUUUUUUAGCAGCAUUAACUUUUAAUAUAAUAUCACGUUUUGGAGCCAGAACUGGUAUUUUCACCCAGAGUACUGAGGAUGUGCUACUGAAGUACACCACUCCAUUCACACCGGUACAAUGGACCUUUUUUGUGUGGGAUUUCAUAUACAUUUGGGUGUUAGCCAUGUUUCUUUAUUUCAUCAGUGGACUCUGCAGAAGGACUGCCUAUGACUGGAUGUACACCACCCCUGCAGCAUUCUGCUAUGGAUUUCAUAUUUCUGUUAUAGCUAAUGUAUGCCUUAACAUCACCUUUUUAUUCUUAUUUGACAGAGAAGCGCUGUUUUCUGUCAUGGUCACCUCUGGGCUCAUGACGGGUACAGACUACACCAUUCUCUUCUUCUCCUGCCACGGACUGAAGAUCUAUGGAGCUUGGCUUUACAAGAACCACAGGAUCGACCUCUGGCUCUACAGAAUACUGGUGCAGAAUGGCAUAGCACUGUACGCCACAUGGGGGACCCUCUCCACUCUGCUCACCCUGACCAUGUUCAUGCAGUACCAGACCGGAGCCUCCCGCUGCGACUGUGCCGCCGUGUCUCAAAUGCUACUGCUCAUAGUGCUCUUUGUGUGGUUUUUAUUUGAGAACUUCUGCUUUGACGUACAUGUGCGCUACAUCUUCACCAUAUAUCCUGUAGUCAUCUUGUGGUUAAGUGGGAACAUUGCCAAUUUGGAUCCCGGGACUCACAAUUUUUUCUUUGCAGUUUUCAUCCUUAUCCUCAGCUGUCUUUUAUUCCUGGUCCGUGUUAUCCUUGUUUCAUGGAAACACCACAAAAAGCCCUUGUACAAUGAAAGUGAACCCAGCAUGUCUCCUAUAGAAAUAGCACUGACACAAAGCAAAAUGUUUUUGUAAAUAUAUGUAACAUGUAAUCUUUUUUAUUUUAUUUUUUUUAACAAAUGUAAAUAAUUUGUGAAUAAAAUAUUUGUACAUAACCUUAUUGUGAAUUCUGCCCUGUCAUGGUCAUUAUGUGUUGGUUGAUCAGUUAAACUUUUAUU